GACAGAAAAGAAGCAGAACAGCUACCAGCUUCAACAAGCACAAGCUGUUAAUCAGGAGAUCUGUGAGAAUCUCGAACACGCUGACAACAAGAAUCAGCAGCUGCAAGUACAGCUUGAUGAAGCCCUGGAGAAAAACCAAGAGCUUCUUCAGGAAAAGAGCAACUGGAAAAAAUGCAGAAAAAGACACAACUUAUUCUCCAAGACUUAAAAAGGAAAAAUCUAGAACUACACGCAUGUCAUAAUGAAAUGAGGGAGAAAACCAUUGAACUAGAAGGAGAAAGGGGAAAACUGAAAAAACAAUGCUCAGGCAUGCAGUAUAGGAUCAAUGACAUGCUGAGAAAGAACGCAGAGCUCAAGGAACUUAAUAACAAGUUGAAGUGCAAAAACAAUAACAUGCAGGUUCAAGAGCAAGAACUGGAGAAAGCGCAUAAUGACCUGAAGUGUACGCUUCAAGAAAUCCAGAGCAGAAAUGAGGAGUUAGAAGACAUGUACAACAAAGUACAGCAGAGGAAUACAGACAUGCACGAGGAAAAGCUAAUACAGGAGGCAAAAUCUAAAGAUCUGAAAGAAAAGCUUGAAGAAAAACAAGCACAAUUACAAGAACUGGAGAAAAAAUGCAAGAAACUUGAGGAGGAAAUUACAGUAACAACCGAAGAACUGAAAACCCUCAUCCUACAGAAAAAAGAGCUCCAGGAACAGUGCCUGAAAAAGAAGAAGAAACGCUUCUGGUUUUUCAGGAGGAGGGACCCUCCUGCUUCCUCACCUGAUUAUAAGGUGGUGUAGCCUGGUCUUCCUCCACCGCUUUUCUAUCUCCUCACCCCUCUACCUCCCCUCUUGCCCUUUCUCUCCUUCCACCUCUCCAUCAUUCUCCAUUUUUCCUUUCUCCCCUCCCUCACCCCCCAACUAGUCAAAGCAGAUGACCCUCCCUGAGCCUGGUUCUGCAAUAGGUUUCUUCCUUUAAAGGGAGUUUUUCCUAUCCACCGUCGCCGAGUGCUUGCUCAGAGGGGAUUGUUGGGGUUUUCUCUCCUCCUUUCUAUCCCUUUCU